AUGGCCUACACCUCCACGUUCUUAGUGUCAAACAUCCACUGCCCGUCUUGCGUGUCCUAUGUUCAAGAUACACUAAAUGGAAUCCCAGGAAUCCAGUCCAUCCAAGUCUCACUUAUUGACCAAACCAUCCGCGUCAAACAUGCACAGGACUCCACACGAGAAGUCAUUGUCAGUGAACUAAUCAAGUCAGCUUUCGAAGUCGAGCAUGUCACAACCAUCCGAGCCGACGGGGUUCAGUCUCACGACUCCGAUGUGUCACCACGCCCUGCAAACGCCCAGCUCUCUCGAUCCCGCUGGCUCAUGUCCCGUGCCCAACGCAAACACAUAGAAAACUGCAAGGCGUGUCAACGCGAAAAAGGCCAACGAUCAAGGCCAAAACUAUCAUGGUCUUCUCUUAUGCGACUGCGCCGCCGGCAAGCGCAUCCGAAACAGACAUCUACCGACGAAGAGGCCGCGAUUUCAGACGACACACUGGCAGAACACAAGCUGUCAAGCAAAAAUGUCGAUGGCGCAGGAGAAGAGAGUGCACCUUGCCACUAUGUUGCCACCAUAUCGAUUGGCGGUAUGACAUGCGCCUCUUGCACAAGUUCAAUCACAAAGGGCCUUGACAGUCUAGAUUUUGUGGAUUCAGUAAAUGUCAAUCUAAUGAGGAAUGAUGCAAGAGUGGUUUAUCAAGGACCCCAAAGCAACUCGGACAAACUCGUCGAAGCGAUUGAAGAGCUAGGAUAUGAGGCCGUCAUCGAUGAUACACAGCCAUUAGUGCAGGACAAGCCUCUCUCUGACGAUGAACACGAGAGCCAUAAAGUUACCCUCAGCAUUGAAGGGAUGACCUGUGGAAGUUGUGUCGGCACGAUCUCCCGGGGACUUGAGGAGCUUCCGUUCAUCCAAGAUGUCAACAUUGACCUCGUUGGGAACCGCGGCCUUGUGAUCUUCCGCGGGAAACAACAUCUUGAAGCAAUACUGGAGAAGAUUGAGGACCUGGGUUAUGAAGCGUCUGUUAUCAAAUUAGAGAGCACUGCCAAGUCGGCCGGGGCCCCAAGAGAAGAGAGGACAAUCCAGCUCAAGGUCGACGGCAUGUACUGUGAACAUUGUCCUCAGAAUAUCACAACCGCUAUCCACUCUGCACUCUCAGGUGUUGACGAACCGAGUUAUACCAUAACUCAACCACCCACGCUGAAAGACCCGAUCAUCACCGUCACCUACCGGCCUUCACGCCAAGUCAAUGUACGCAGCUUCAUAGCCGCCAUCGAUGCGUCGCAUGAUGCUUUAAAGGCAAGUGUAUAUCAUCCGCCAACGCUAGAAGAGCGAUCGCGACGAUUACAGCGGAAAGAAAUGAAGCAUAUCCUUUGGCGGCUACUGUUCACCGGCAUAGUGGCUAUCCCCACUUUCAUCGUCGGGGUCGUGUACAUGAGCUUGGUUCCAAAAUCCAAUUCUACGAGGCGCUGGUGGGAACAGCCCAUUUUAGCCGGUCAAGCUAUGCGGCUCGAGUGGGCACUUUUCUUCAUGACCACACCGGUCAUGUUCUUUGGCACAGAUCUCUUCCAUUCCCGCGCAUACAAGGAAAUCAAGGCGAUGUGGAGGCCGAACAGCAAAAUACCCCUUCUACGUCGAUUUUACCGGUUUGGCAGCAUGAAUCUUCUGAUCAGUGCAGGAGCUUCGGUAGCCUAUUUCUCCUCGUUGGCUGUUCUUAUUAUGGAUGCUACGACUAAAUCAACCGACAUGGACCAGCAUCGUUCCUCGGAUACUUAUUUCGACACAGUAACCUUCCUCACCUUCUUCAUCCUGAUUGGUCGCUUCCUGGAGGCCUACAGCAAGACCAAGACUGGUGAUGCUGUGGCGAUGCUCAGCAAUCUCAGACCUUCAACUGCUCUGCUUGUCAAAGAGGACACGAGCGACAAUGCAUCCGCUAGCACCGAAACCAUUCCCGUUGAUCAGCUGGAGACAGGCGAUCUUGUUCAGAUUCCUCACGGAACGUCUCCCCCAACUGACGGCGUCAUCAUUAGCCAAGGCACAUUUCUCUUCGACGAGAGCUCGCUAACUGGAGAAUCGAAGCCAGUCACGAAGACUGCUGGCGACGAGGUCUUUACGGGAUCUGUGAAUGUAUCCGACCCUGUGCGGAUUAGAGUGACCGGCGUUGGUGGCACAUCAAUGCUAGACCGGAUUGUAAGCGUUGUCCGCGAAGGCCAGGCGAAAAGAGCACCCAUUGAGCGCAUUGCAGAUAUCCUCACAGGGUACUUUGUCCCAGUAAUCACGCUCAUUGCCAUCACAACCUGGGUAAUCUGGAUGGGUUUGGGCUUGUCCGGAACCCUUCCUCAGGCAUGGCUUGAUGUGACGCAGGGAGGCUGGCCGUUCUGGUCUCUUGAGUUCGCCAUCGCCGUCUUCGUGGUGGCUUGCCCGUGUGGCAUUGGCCUUGCCGCACCCACUGCACUCUUCGUUGGGGGUGGAUUGGCCGCGAAACAAGGCGUCCUCGUACAAGGUGGUGGUGAGGCAUUCCAGGAGGCAUCGCGAUUGGACGCUAUUGUCUUCGACAAGACCGGUACGUUGACCGAGGGCCAAAUGCGGGUCACCGACUUUGAGUGUAUCCAGAACAGUCAAAGCAGUGACGCGAUACUUGACAAGAACAUUAUCCUAGCGUCAUCUCGCAUGCUCGAGGAGGCAAGUGCGCAUCCGAUCGCAAAAGCUGUCGCAAGCUACUGCGCGGAGCACUCGACAAGUGUUUCGAUUGACCUUGAGGAGAUCAAAGAGAUUCCCGGGCAGGGAAUGACAGGUAAAUUUCUGGUCAAAGGCGAUUCCUCUACCUCACGAUAUGAGAUUGCCAUCGGAAACGAGAGACUUUUACAGAACCUUUGUCCGGCUGAAAAUUCGGGCUCGGAGUUCUCUGCCACCAAAGAUAAAGUCGCCCUAACGAUCAAAGGCGACGACUUCUACCUCAACCCGAUACUCAAGAAGCACCAAUCUCUCGGUCAUUCAACCGCUAUUUUUGCUGUUCGACAGGUGCCGGAAGACGCUGAGAAGGCCAAGUCAUCGUCAUCUUAUCAGGCUUUGGCUGUCUUUGCAAUCGCAGACCCGAUCCGCCUUGAGGCACCCCAAGUACUCGAAUCUCUACGCAGCGUCGGGCUCGAUAUUCACAUGUGCACAGGAGACAAUCAAACUACGGCCUUGGCCAUCGCCUCCCAGCUUGGGAUUCCCGCCAGCAACGUGCGUGCAGGUGUCCUUCCACAGGACAAAGCCAGCUAUAUCCGCGAGCUGCAAGGCUUAUCUUCUGGCGAACCCACGGAUCGAAAGGAUGGUCGCAAGAUCAUUGGGUUCGUGGGUGAUGGCACAAAUGAUACCCCUGCUCUAUCUGCCGCCGAUGUGUCCAUUGCACUCUCUUCCGGUUCUGAUGUGGCAAUGACCACUUCAUCGUUCAUCCUCCUCAACUCCGACCUCAAUACUAUCCUCUCGCUCGUUAGACUUGCCAAACGGGUGUUUUUACGAGUCAAGUUGAAUUUUGCCUGGGCAGCGGUGUACAACCUGUGCUUGGUCCCUGUUGCGGCGGGGGUAUUCUUUCCUAUUGGAGCGAACGAGCACCAUGGCGGGUGGAGGCUGAACCCGGUUUGGGCGAGCAUCGCCAUGGCGGCGAGUAGUGUAAGUGUUGUGAUGAGCAGUCUGGCGCUGCGGCUGCCUGAGUUGCAGAUCAAGACGGGGAAGUGGAAGAGGUGA